AUGAUGACGCGACAGGAGGCGGUGGUGUCCAUCCAGGCCUGGUGGCGGAGCACCCUGGUGCGCCGGACCCUGCUGCACGCGGCGCUCAGGGCCUCCAUCAUCCAGCGCUGGUGGAGGCAGGUGCUGGCGCUGCAGCGGGAGAAGAGGCGCCUGGCGACCCUUGAUCUGUACGUGCGGAAAGAAUGGGCAGUGGUCCGGCUGCAGUCCUGGGUCCGCAUGUGGUGCGUCCGCCUCCGUUACUGCCGCCUGCUGCACGCCGCCCGCAUCAUCCAGGGGUACUGGCGCUGGCACAACUGCCACACCCGGGGCUUCCUUCAGGGCCAUUACGACAUCAAAGAAAACGAACUGAACCUUCAACUCGAAAUCUCUCUGGGCCCACAGAUUUGCAAAGUGCAACAGUCUACAUCCCUUCCAAUAAAAGAACAAUCAGGUCUGUGA